AUGCUUGAAAACUAUGAAAAAUCCCCAAACCGUCACAUCGGAAUCUCCAUAGUGUCCAUCCAAAUCUUUAUUUCGGUUGCCGUCGGAAUUCAUUUCAAUUGGGCAAAAAAUACAGUUGUGCAUACACUAAUCGCUAUAAUUGUGAAUUUGUUGGCAUUUUGUUUGAAUAAUAUUAAUGCGAAAAUCAAUUCCAACUAUUCUCAAAAAAUGAAUCAAGUCCAUUAUUCAUUAUCCGAAAGGUUUCAAAUCACCGAAAAUAUCAAAUCUGCAAAGAUGUUUAACAAAAUCGUUUGGUCCAUUGGAUUCUUCAAUGUGGUUGUGAAUAUUUGUUUGAUAGCUGAUAACUAUGAUAUACCGCCAACGUGGAAGAAUAUCGCAUCAGUCGCUUGUGAUUUUUCGAUUCUACUGUAUGGCUUUAUUGUUCCAAUUGUCUAUUUCAACCAGACGAAAUCGUGGAAGAGGCGUGUUAGAGAGAUAUUGAAAAGACGGUGCGAACCCAAAGUCAGUCCAGAAAGGAACGAUUUCGCAAAUGAGAUAACGUCCCAUGCACCACGUGGAGAGGCACAUAAGUAUUUCGAGAUGCUCAAAGAGCAAUGGGGAUAA